CAAAUACGACUUACUCAUCGGAUAAGGUAUACGUGGAUAUAUAUCUAUGUAUGUAUAUAUACGUGCUGGAAAAAUACAUUACCUCAUAGGAUGAUUUAUGUGUGUACGAGUGUUUCUCUGUGCAAGAAAUAGAAUUAAUAAUAACUGUGUGUCAUAUAUCAAAUAUAUAAGUUUGCAGAUAUACAUAUAUAUAUAUUAAUCACUUCAUCAACCAUUUCUCGUUAAUCGUCUCCAUCUGAAUUCCUCCACGAGUAUAAUCAACGUUAAACAUCAUUGUGACAAGCAAAGGAAAGAAUUUCUCUGUAUAGUUAACUUUAUCAAUUACUAUUCCUAUCAUUAUUAUUAUUAUGUUAAUAUAUUAAUUGUCUACGCCUGCACAAGUAUAUAUACAUAUAUCAAUUCAAACAAGAAUUCUCUCUCUGGAUUGUAUUUCCCUUGAGUUAGUAGAAGAUAAUAUGCACCAUUGACACCAUUGAGUAUUUACUACGUUUAUUUGAAAGAUUAUUAAUAACAAUAAAACAUUUCAGUUUAAAAAAAUGAAUAAUUUCAACAAUAUCAACACCGCCGCCGCCAACAACAAUAACAAUAUUAUUAAUAAUAGUAGUAAUAAUGAUAACAAUAAUAGUAAUAAUAUUCUAUGUGAAUUAUUUAACAAACAUUUAAAUGAUCCGGAUAAACAUUCAGUGUCCAAUGAAUCAUUUAUUGAACAUUUAAUUUCAAUGGAAAAGUUAUUAACACAAUUGCGUACAGAAUAUACACAAAUACAACAAGCUGCAAUGUUCAAUUCUUUGUGUCAAUCACUUUCCUCCAUGAAUUUUAUGCAAAUGAAUCAAUCGAAUUCAGAGAAUAUGUACAGUUUUUUAAAUAUUCUCCAAGCUGUUCAAUCACCAUUCACUUGUUUAAAUGAUAAAUCUUAUAUACAAUUUUUAUUGAAUUAUUUGACAACUAUACAAAUCUAUCGUGAUUAUUUAAACAAAGCUAUGCUGGACAAUGAAUGUCAUCAUCAAGAAGGAGUAGGUCGAGGAGCAGAAGGAGGUUGUGGAGGAGAAGAACCAGAAGAAGAAGAACAAGCUGAAGACCUUCGUGUAAAAAUUCCCAAAGAUUCGUAUUAUUCAUCGGAUGAGACAUCCACUCGACUGUCGACACCAUCCUCAGUGCUAUCCUCCUCCUCCUCAUCAUCGUCACGAGUGUCGACGACAUCAGAAUCUUCACCGAUUCCACCACUGUCAACAUUAUCAUCAUCAUCCUCGUCAGCUGUGUCGUCUUCCUCUACAAAAUUCAAUUGUGAAUGUAAACUAGAGGCGAGUAAUCACAACGAUUAUCCAAUAAAUUUAUUAAAUAUCGAUUUAAAAAGUAAUAAUAAUAAUACUAAUAAUAGUAACAAUAAUAUUAAUAGUCAGAUAAUUAAUCCUUUAAUAAAUUUCGCCCAUCUGAAUUCCUGCGCCUCAAUCGCUUAUCCAUUUCCACAAAAGUUAUCAAGUAUAAAUCCGUUGACAUUGAAUUCAAUACCGACAUUUGGUGAAUUUUCACCUUUGCUAAAUCCUCAAAAUAUUUCUAUGAACAAUAACAAUACUACUACUAAUACUACUACUAAUAAUAAUGAUGUUGAUGAUAGCAGCAAUUAUUUAAUGCAUUCUAUAUUGAGCAAUGAACAUAUUCCAUGUUCAAGUGAGUUGCCCAGUUGUCAAGGUUUCAAUUUUUCAAUCAAUAACAACAAUACUACUAACAAGCUACUUGAUUCAAGUAGUAUGAACAACAAUAAUAAUGAGAUGAAUAGAAAACGUUGUGGGUUAUUCAACUCAUCAAAGGAGAAAACAUUUCGUCAUGUUUUAAGAAAUAAGCCUGGAAUACGUAAAUACAUAAGAUCUCCGAAAAGAUUCACAGAUUCCAAACUCCCGCCACAACCUCUUCAAUCAAGUAUAAAUCCAGAUAUGACUAGUUUAGACCUGUCUAUCUCUCCAAAUCUACUGGGUACAGGUUGUACAUUGUCUUCACCCGCUUCGCUGUCAUCCUUAUCUUCACCAGCGUCGUCAACUUCAUCGUUAUCGUCUUCACCAUCAUCCUCCUCCUCCUCCUCAUCGUCGUCGUCGUCGUCAGCGGCUUCAUCCCCUUCAUCAUCCAACUGUUUUCUUACCUAUGAUAAAUUGUACUACAACAAUAUGAAAUCCCGUGGUGCCUUUGCAUUAAAACGUUCUCCAUUCAAGUUAUCCCAGUUUUUAUAUUAUCUACUCAAUAAGUCUGAAUAUAAUCCACAAUUGAUUUGUUGGGUGGAUAGAUCACAAAAUAUGUUUAAAUUAGUCAAUAGUGCUGCAGUUGCCCACCUAUGGGGUUUACAUAAACACAAACCAAAUAUGAAUUAUGAAACAAUGGGAAGAGCUCUUAGGUAUUAUUAUGCACAGAAUAUUUUACGGAAGGUUAAAGGUCAACGUUUAGUCUAUCAAUUCUUAGAAGAUUUUCAUAAACCGCAUUAUUCACCGCCAAUAUCCAUAAUGCCAGCAACAUUCACUCAGCAUACAACAACAACGACAAUGACAACAGCGACAAAAACCACACCCACGACAACACCAACAAAUAUGAUGGAGGUAAUAACACCGGAGACACAAAUUUCACAAUUUCCAAAUAUUUGUAAAUUAUCCGAAGACGAUUUAGAAUCCAUUAAAAUUGUUUAACAAAAUAAAGAGAGAAAAACUUUUGGCUCCUUAAUCCUUCAGCAGAAAAACACUGACAAAUUUCCCUCAAGAAACUAUAUAUACACACUUUUGACACAAAUCUAGGCAACUUAUUUGUUUAUAUAUAUAUCUCUAUGGUUACAAUAUUAUUUGCUGCUAAUAGGAAAUACAUUAAUUUUUCACUAUGGUAACAAUAACAUUUUUAAAACAAAGUGUAUUCAAUGUUCAAGAAGACUAUACAAAUACUAUUUGUCUUUUUAUUGUUCAGUGUUUUAUUUAUUUAUUUUGUUUUAUUUUAUUCUCCUACAUAUGUGCAUAAUCAUAAUAAAUAAAACAUUAGC